UAACUGACCAGCAGCACGUACAUUAAUGUGGGCGCAAGAGCCGUUUGACAUCGAAAAAUAAAAAUUAAUUCCUUGAUCCGCGCACCUCCUUGUUUCUUUGUUCUAUUUUGGAUCCUGUCAUACUCCCCCACUUCAGAUGUUUUAUCCCAUUCCAUGUGCAAUAACAAUUGAUGUAUGAACUCCUUUAUGAAGUAGGGGUGCUUGAAAAUUGUAUACGUCGUGCAUGCGCUGCUCCGUCUGGGUGCCCUUGACACAUUAAAUCAAAAACGAAAGUAGAGAUAGUUUAGUUACUCGGAACAAUCAAGCGUAUUGUAAACACCAUGUAUCGUAACCAAACGUCCGAUGAUCCACUGCUAAAAAACUGCCGUCCAGAGUGGCCGGAGUGGACGUGCCUGGGAGCUAACGUGUGUGGUCUAUGUAGCACCACGCUAUGGUUCUUAGUUCUGCUUCCGCAAGUAUGGAAGAAUUUUCGCCAAAAGUCUGUAGUCGGUCUAAGUGUCCUGUGGGGGACUGCGAAUUUCACGGCAUCACUAAUAAACCUCUGCUUCGUUUAUGGAUACGCUGAAAUCCCUCUAUAUGGAAAAAUUAACUCCAUAUAUAUGCCGAUUUUGGAGUUCACCAUUCUUGUCCAGUUUUGGAUAUAUGGGGAUCACUACAACAAAAAACACAAAAUCGCGUAUUUAAUUACCUGUCUAUGUGUGUGGACGACGCUGAUUUCUCUCAAUCUGGGACUGGAAUUGUACCCUUACAUUCAGUGGAUCGCCAUUAGCCUGUGGUGUAUUGAGACAUUUCCACAGGUUUUCCUCAACUUCAAAUUAAGGUCCACUUCCGGUCAAUCUACAAGGUCGGUUACCAUCGCCUCCGUGGGAAAAAUGACAGACUUUUUAUCAACAUACGGUCUCGUCAUGCCAAUUCAGUACGUUGUGAUGACCUAUUUUUCCAGUAGCGUUAAUUACGUAAAUGUAAUUCAAGUUGUAUGGUUCUAUGGUCGGAAACCAAACCAAAGGAAUGAGAACGUUUCGGGAAAUUUACAGUACAAGGACUUUAAUGACGAAGACAAAGACACAGAAAGAGAAACGCUUUGUUCAACUAAAUACGUUCAACCAAAUUUCAGUUAUAAAACAAAGAAAACAUUUCGAUAUUCAUUGAUUUUAGUUUUCGUAGGUUUUCUCUGUCUUUUUGCCUUUGGAAUUGUUUGGGCUACUAAAUCUUAUUUUGCCUUAUUUGCUCCUUUCACUCUCGUAUCUGUCACUGUAUUUGCUUUCACCUAUUAUAGACGUGCGUGGAUCUCUGAAUCAGUACAUGUAGUGUGAAGGUUUCUUUUAAAUUAUUGAAUGAAUAAAAUCGUAAUCAAUU